GUCGGUCGUUUGACGUACUCCUGGGUUCUGUAGAAAGCAAGCGGUGACAGCCAUGAAAACUCAAGUUAUUUUCGCGCAGUGUGCCUUGACUCUCCUUUCUAUUUUGGCAUCACAGAAGGCGGAUGCUGCCGUAUCCUGUGCUACAGCGGGAGGAGUGUGUAUUGACGCCGACUCCACAGAACUGGAAGGAUGCGUGAGCGUCGUGGGAAAGUGUAAGAAAAACCAGGAGUGCUGCCUAGACUUAGCCAGAGGAGGAAACAAAGACAGACAGUGCAACAGAGCCGGAGGAAAAUGCAAGAGGAAGAGCGACUGUAAUCGAAAUGAUAUCUUGGACGAGCCAUGCAGUGGAAACGAUGUGUGUUGUGACGACAGCAGUGAUUGUGAUACGGAUAGAGAAUGUAGCAGGGAAGGUGGUCGAUGCAAGAGUAGUUGCUCUAACGACGAGAGGAAAAUUCGAGAUGGCUGCAAAGGCGGUAAAUGUGUCUGUUGUGUCAGCGAGUGCGAACCCAAAUCAUCCUGUUCUCGGGAAGGAGGUCACUGCGUUAGUAACAAGAAACGGUGUGAUGGACGCAUUCUAAACAAUGGUUGCAGUGGGGAUGAUUGUUAUUGUUGCAUUUCAGAUUCAACGGGCUCUUCCUCAUCGAGUUCCACACCCUCGUCAACAAGCUCAUCCACGCCUUCCUCCACAAGUUCUUCAACGCCUUCCUCCACCAGCUCCUCAACGCCUUCUUCCACCAGCUCGUCAACACCUUCCUCCACCAGCUCGUCAACGCCUUCCUCCACCAGCUCAUCCACGUCAUCCACCACUUCGGAUCGAAAACGCUGACUUGUCUCUCGAGCUUCAACUGGCCCUUUCCUACCGAAGCAUGUUCUUUUCAGUUCUUUUCGUUAGGGUCGCCGUCUGCUUUCGAAAUCCUGCCCUCCCGUGUUAGUGAGUUAUUUCUGAAUCGCUUCUCGUUUGGUUUGUUUUUUUGUUUUUUGUUUUUUUCCCCUUGCAGAAUUGAAUUGUGGAAAAUGAACGAUUGAUUUAUUGUCAAAAAAAUUAUAAAUAUUGAAUGAAAUAAAUGUUUAGCACCUCACUGGGUCUGCGAUAU